AUGGAAUCCUUCACCCUGUUCAACAAUCUACACUCAAGCUAUGUAAACCUCUGGCUCUGGACAAACGGACCAGCGAUCGUUCAAUCGGCCCCACAGCCUUGCCAGCUGCAGGGAGCCAAAUGUAUCUACGAUAAGCUCAACCUUUCGGCCGACGGACUGCAACGCUUGCGCACCUCCGGUCGGGAUCUCCCGCAAGUGUUUCAGAUCGAUGUGAAGGUACUGAUCACCCCCUACCCCGACGGGGUUCUGCUCCAACUCAUCUCGGAGUUUGUGCAGGAAGUCGUGUACGAGAACUACCACGAACGCAUUCUACGCAUUCCGCCCGUUUCCGCACUCACCGAUCUCGUCUUCCGGAAGGCUCCACCACUGCAAGCGAUCACUGUGGUUGCCCCGAACAAUCGACUCACCUCACUAAGCAUCAAGCAAUCGAACAUCCGCUCCAUGCCGAGUGCGCUGACUAAUCUACCCCAGCUGGCCACUCUCGCCCUAGAGAACGGAGCCUUGGAGUCCGUCAGUCUUGAUCCACUGGCCAACAGUCUAAAGCUGUCUGCUCUGAUGUGCGGCAACAACAAGAUCACCCAGCUCAUCCCAAGCCGCAACACGAGCCUCUUCAUCCCGCUUACCGAUCUGACACUCGCCAACAACCUGCUCGAAACGAUCGACGGAGCCUUCUUUCUACCCCUGCGACAGCUUACGUACCUUGACCUGGGCUCUAAUCGGAUCCAGCGCAUCGAAGGACGUCCCCUCUCGCUGCCCCGGGUAAUGUACAUUCAGCUCGUAAGCAAUCAGCUCGCCGAGCUGGAUGUAACGCGCUGGAACCUGCCAAACGCGAUCGAGAUCUACUUCGACAACAACAACCUCACCCGCAUACCGAUCGGCAUACAAACCCUGCCCAAUCUGACCUCCCUGGUACUGCCCAACAAUCUGCUAACCGUAGUCGAUCUGCGCCGCCUAGACGGAUGGACCAAGCUACAGCGCAUCAACCUCGCUGCCAACCGGCUAACCAACGUGAUCGUAACGGGACAGGGUCGUACAUCGCUCCCAAACUUGGAACAGCUGGACCUGUCCAACAAUCAGCUCACCCAUCUGGAGUACGCACGGUGGGAUCUGCCGAAGCUUACCACACUGGUAGUCGCCCUCAACGGGCUUACCCGGUUGCCCGAUCUGUUCAAGCUCUUUCCCAAGCUGAGGCGUGCGUUUGCCGUCCAAAAUCCCCUGCACUGCAACACCAUCCGCCAGUGGCAGCAGUACAUAGCGGAGUUUAAGCUGGCCGUCGAUGCGGCCAUGCCUGGGAUGAACUGCGCCACAAACUCCACGCACAAGCUCCCAUCGGGGCGUGUCAUUUGCUGUGUAGAAUAA